AUGGAAAGAGAUCCUAUCACCGACCAGGUCUUCAAAGAUCGGGUCCGCCAGUUCAGCGAAUUCUUGGAUCCAAAUGAUGAAGACCAGCGAAGCUAUACUGAUUCGAUUAAGUUGAUGCUUAAUCGUGGCCAGCGACGCUUACAGGUUAAUCUUGACGAGAUACGCAACCACAAUAGGGAGCUUGCGGAUGGGUUAUUGAAUACCCCGUUUGAUUAUUUGCCGACACUGGAUCGGGCUUUGACGGAGGUUGCUUCGACUUUGAGGGAUCGGGCGAGACACGAGGAGAUUACCGAUGAUACGCUUUUCUACUGUGCCUUGACUGGCAGUUUUGGGGAGUAUGCGGUCAAUCCUAGGACUUUGAGUUCGAAGCAUUUGAAUCAUAUGAUUUCGUUGGAGGGGAUCGUCACUCGGUGUUCCCUGGUGAGACCGAAGGUGGUCAAGAGUGUGCACUACAAUGAGAACAAGAAGGUGUUUGUCGGGCGUACAUACAAAGAUCAGACCAUGUCUUACGGUUAUUCGGUCUAUCGUGAUCAUCAGACCAUCUCUAUACAGGAAAUGCCUGAACGCGCUCCGGCCGGGCAGCUUCCCCGAAGCGUAGAUGUGAUUAUGGAUGAUGACCUCGUGGAUCGAGUCAAGCCCGGUGAUCGUAUUCAGUUGGUGGGGCUCUACCGGUCAUUGGGCAAUCGGAAUGCCGGACAAGGCAGCUCGACCUUCCGGACCUUGCUUAUCGCAAAUAACUCAUUGGCCCCAAGCAUCUAUGGUCAUGACCAUAUCAAGAGGGCCAUCUUGUUGAUGCUGUUGGGAGGGAUGGAAAAGAACCUGGAUAACGGGACUCAUUUGAGAGGUGACAUUAAUAUUCUCAUGGUUGGUGAUCCCUCGACUGCAAAAUCCCAGCUUCUUCGAUUCGUGCUCAACACUGCACCCUUGGCAAUUGCAACUACUGGUCGUGGGUCUUCCGGUGUAGGUUUGACUGCAGCAGUGUCUUCAGAUAAAGAGACGGGCGAGAGGCGGUUGGAAGCUGGUGCUAUGGUUCUUGCCGAUCGUGGUGUUGUCUGUAUCGACGAGUUUGACAAGAUGAGUGAUAUCGACAGAGUGGCUAUUCACGAAGUUAUGGAGCAGCAAACGGUUACGAUUGCCAAAGCUGGUAUUCAUACCUCGCUUAAUGCCAGAUGCAGUGUCAUUGCCGCGGCAAAUCCGAUAUAUGGCCAAUAUGAUCCUCACAAGGACCCUCAUCGUAACAUUGCUUUACCGGAUUCCCUGCUAUCCCGUUUCGAUCUGUUGUUUGUUGUCACGGAUGACAUUGAGGAUUUCAGGGAUCGUCAGGUAUCCGAGCACGUUUUGAGGAUGCACAGGUACCGUAGACCGGGGACCGAGGAAGGAGCCCCUAUCAGGGAAAAUCCCGGUCAGAUGCUAGGCAAGUAUAUUCAAUACGCUAAGACUCGUAUAAAGCCUGUUUUGUCAAAGGGUGCUGCAGACAUCAUUGUGGCUACCUAUUCUGCUCUAAGGAACGACGAGCUUGAGGGAAGUCAGAGAAGGACGUCUCCCAUGACUGCUCGUACCCUGGAAACCUUGAUCCGUUUGGCGACUGCCCAUGCAAAGGCAAGGCUUUCGAAUCGUGUAGAGGAGAGGGAUGCUAUUGCGGCAGAGGAAAUUUUGAGGUUCGCCUUGUUUAAGGAAAUUGUUCAAGACGAACGCAAGAAGAGGAGAAGGGUUGGGAGCGCAGAGAUGGAUGUUGACUCGAGUGAUGACGAUGACGACGAUGAAGAGGAGGAAUCCCAGCCAAGGACCCGUGGGUCUUCCCGUCGUGCCCGAGCAUCGGCCAGAAACAAGAGUCAGACCGCCAAUGGCGGCGCGGAUGAUCACGAGAUGGAUGCAGCAGUGGAUGACGACGACGACGACGACUUGUACUCCGCCCCGACUUCCUCAAGGCACACGCGGAGGUCAGGCCGGAGUGCGGUCACUCAGGACGAAUCUCAAAACUCCUGGGCAUCUUCCCACCGUGCCUCUUCAGUUUUGCAAUCGCAAACCGAGUCAGGCCAAGCUUCUAGCUCCGCCGGGCCGUCGGCUGCCGCAGAAUCACAGUCUGAGGCUAUAUCGCCCGCAAGGGUACUGGUAUUCCAGAGAGCGCUCGCUGGGCUGCUCAAUGCGCCUGUAUUCCAGGACGACGCUGCUGAAGUUGGGCCCUUACUUGUUGAGAUUAACAACAGCAUAGGCCAGGAGCAGAGGUUCUCAAGAGGGGAAGCCGAGGCUGCUCUCGAGAAGAUGAACGACGGGAACAAAAUAAUGUUCACUGGUGGAGAUAUUGUAUACAAACUAUAGUAGGAUGGAGUGUGCUCGGGUAUCGUACCCCUUAGGCGUUGGUUAUUAUGGUUCCGCUCGGCUUAGUUACCCCGACCCGGUUGCUUAUGAGGUUUUUUUUUUUUUCACACUCCGAAAGUAAAAAUUCCAAAUGCCUUU